AUGACUAAAGACCAACUCGCCCAAGAAAUUAAGCAAGAAUUUGCCAAAGGAAACUUCAAACCCAGCCAAUUAAAACGCAGUAAAAGCACCGGAGAUAUUCCCCUUACUCCCCCUUUGCCGAAUAUUCCCUUAAAAAAAUCAGCCUCGCAACCAGAAACCCCGCAGACCCUCAGCCCUGAACAAGAAAUCAGCCAACUCCAAAGCCAAAUUAAAUUCCACGCCCAAACUAGCCAAAAUUACCUCCAAUCGCUCCAAGCGGCCCAAGCCAAAAUCACCGAGUUAGAAGAACAGUUAACUGCCAACCAACAAGCCAAAAAUGAUUUAGCCCAGCAAAUCCUCGAACUACGCCUAAAAAACUUAAAAGACUUUGGCGAAUACUACGAGGAAAAGCAAGCUUUAAAAGGCGAACUAGAAGAGAAUAUCCAAGAGGGUGUUCAAGAAAUUCAGAAACUAGAAAACAAGCUCCUCGCCUUAAAUCGCAAAAAACUCACUCUCCAAAGCCAAUUACAGCAAGCGGAAUUGAAGAAUACCCGCUUGGAAUUAAAGGCAAUUGAAAAAAAACCAAAAGCCCACUCACCCCUCUUUAAUUUUCCUUGGGUGCUGCCAGCAAAGUCAGCCAAAAAAAAAGCCGAAUUAGCUAAUUUAAGAGAUAAUACCCGUAAACCCACCAAGUAUCUCCGCAAAGAAAUUGAGUUGUUGGAAAAAAUCCAAACCCUAGAAACGCAAAUAAGCGCCCUCCAAACUAAAGAAACUAACUACCAAGAGCAAAUUCGCCAGAAAGAGCAAGCCCUCCAAAUCGCCAAAAACGCUUUAAAAACUAACCAGGAUAAUUUAAAGGCCACUGAAACUAACCUCAACCAAACUAUCUCUGAACUCAACACCCAGAUUAAUAACUUAAAGCGAACUAGCCAGCAAGAGAAAGAUAAACUAACCCAAGAAUUAGCAGCCUUAAAAACUGCCAAAAUAACCAGCGAAAAAGCCUUAAACCAAACUAUUACCAAUCUCCGAAAAGAGAUUGAAAGCUUAACUAAUACUUCCAAAAAAGAAAAGCAAGGACUUGACCGGAAAAUCAAUCAACUCCAAACUGACUUACAAGCCAAAAAUGAAGCCGAGAAGAGAUUACAAGAGGAGAAAACUCGCUUAGAAGCCCAACUUACUGCUCUCCAAAAGGAAAAAACUGCCACGCAAGAAAACUCUUAA